GAUCACCGAGCCUGGAAUGGAACGCUGAUCCUGUGUGACCACGAAAGCCUUUCAUUCGUCAUUUCAAAGGAGCAGUUUAAGAAUUUCAUCUUCUCAUGUUGCAGUUCGUUUAACUCCCCAGCUGGGAGGGACUGACACAGGAACAAGUUGGAGCUGCUUCUAGUGAGGGAUAUUCAGACGCCCAACUACACAGACCAAUGACGGGAAGUUGAUACGUUUUACGGCUGUGUUGACAGGAUGAGGACAGCUCAGCCCACAGUGUGCUUCAGGAACAGGCAGCAAUCUCUGUUCACAUCAGUGACCCUGCUAUCCCUCUGUUACCUGGUGCUGCUCUACCCUUCACACCACAGGCAGCAGGAUAUCUGGAGAUAUUACAGCAUGCCCGAGGAUUAUGUUGUGCAACUCCACAAUCGAAGCCAGCAGAUAAUCUCUAGUGCUUGCAAAGCAAACUCGAGCCAGUCCAAAUUCUCCUCACUGUAUUCGGGGAAGCAGCCGCCCGGGAUUCCUGUUUUUGUGCAGAAAGGGAUGAUCCCACGUCCAGGCACCACACCUUACAGUCCGCCUCUGGGCUUCAGAGAUUGUGAGGAACAGCUGCAGGAAGUCGUGGAGAUGCUGCCACAAGCAGACCUUCCAAAAGGGGUGGCACUGGGCACCUGCUCGAGGUGUGUGGUUGUGGGGAAUGGUGGCAUUCUGCGAGGCAGCAGGCUCGGGGCCUACAUUGACCAACAUAACAUUGUUAUCAGGAUGAAUAAUGGGCCCGUGGUAGGUCAUGAGAACGAUGUGGGAUGGAAGACCACACUGAGGAUUACAUACCCAGAAGGUGCUCCCCUAUCUCCCCAGGAAUAUGAUCCAAGCUCACUGCUUGUGAUGGUGACAUACAAAAGCACAGACCUUGCUUGGCUAAAGGCAAUGGUCAGGAAGGAGCCAAUGAAUCUUUGGCAGAAGAUGUGGUUUUGGCAGUCAGUGGUUGAGUCAAUCCCUUUAGAAUCACAAAACUAUCGAGUAUUAAACUUGGAUAUCGUCAGAGAAGCAGCGCUGAAUCUAUUGGGCUUCCCAGAGCCUCACGACAACCAUUGGAGGUGGAAGCAGGUGCUUCCAACACUAGGAGUGAUUUCCAUCGUCACAGCCCUGUACUUAUGUGAUGAGGUUAAUGUUGCUGGUUUUGGCUACGACAUGACACGGCCAGACCUGCCUUUACAUUAUUAUGAAACAGUCCGGAUGAAUGCGAUGAAUGCUCAAGCUGUGCACAAUGUGAAUCGUGAGAAACGCUUCCUCGCUUCUUUGGUGAAAGCCAAUGUUGUCAAUGACCUUACUAAUGGGAUAAGGUGGUAGAAGGACACUGGAGAUCCACAGCCCACUGUUGAAAUCUCAAUCUUUUAAACAUUUAAAACAAAAGGAAUAUUUCAGCAACAUCUUCAUGUUGUGCCAAAUAUGUUCAAGCAUAGACAAGUUCCACACAAAUGACACAGUGUUCUUCCAUUUUCCAAAUGGGAGAUUUAAGCAGAAAAUGGUCGCACAGCCAUUGUGGAGGGGUGAGUUAACCAGAGUUGGUACACUUGCAGGCACUCAGUUAGCCCAAACAACUUUUGUGGAUGUUACAAGACAGGAGACACAGCUAAAACAAGAUUAGCAAGAAAGCCAAAACUGAAGCAAGUUAAUAGCUAGCAAAGAAUCAAACUGAAAUCAUGAAAUGAUGCGUGAUUUUAAUACACAAGAAAUAUCUGAAGAUAAACUCGUUCAGGACACUCAAAUUAAAAUGUAUGCACUCUGUUGAACAGUGCAAAGAACCUAACCUUGAGUAAUUCAGAUAAAAGUUGGACCCAGAUGCAGUUUCAGUUUUGCAUUGAACGUUGUGAAAGCAGGAAUCUGUUAGUUGACACCAAUUGUUUGUUUGAGAGACUAAAUGCAUUCCGGGCAGGAAGCCCAAUAUAAUCUCCCAGGCAGCCCAGAUUCUCCCAAAUGGGCAGUUUUUCUGUAAGCAGGCAUAAAUAAUUGUUUGUUUAUUUUGUUUAUGAUAUUGAAUCAAAUGAUUUAUCUUGGUCCUACAAUUUCUAUAUUACUAUUAAUAACAGAUUAAAGCCUCUGAGAUUUUGACACUGGA